AUGGUCGCCCAGACAGCGUCGUUACUGACGGCGUUGCUCUCGCUCGGCGGUCUUGAGCUGGUUGCAGCUCGAGGCGCGGCCGAGGAGCCAACGCUGAAACCUCGAUUUAUGGCGAAACACAUGAAAAGGUUGAUCAACUACCAAACAUCGGCUGCCCCUGGAGCGUCGUCCAAGGCGCCCGAGACCGCUGAAGUGCCCAGGUCCAACACCAACGUCCUCGAUUCGAUUCUGCAGCCUCUCCAAGAAGCCACCACGGCACCGACGGAAGCGCCCGAGGUUGUUGUCAUCACCCUGUCCGUCGAUGAGGCGGGCAAGACGCAUACGUUGACGCCAACGCCGACGGGAACUGCCUCUUCCUCGACCGUGACGAGCUCGGUGUUGACUUCCGAGCCAGCCGCGGCCAGCGCCUCAGCGACCACCACAGGCUCGACUCCAUCCCAGGCGCCUUCGGACACCUCCACGUCGUCGGAGUCAGCGAGCGAGUCUGGCGCCCCAUCGGUGUCCCAGUCAUCGUCCACCUCGACGGCGUCGGCUUCGAACGUGGUUGGAUCGUCGCAGGAACCCGGUACAUCUACCCCGGCGGCGGAGGAGACCACCACGGCGUCGUCUUCGAACACAGUCGGGUCCUCGCAGGAAACUGGUACGACGGCCAUCACCCCGUCUACGACACCCACGAAGACUGGGAACGUGCUGAGUGAUCUGGUAAGCGGCCUGUUUGGCAGCUCGUCCAGCUCUGAGAGUGCCAGCUCCGUGGUUCCGUCGAACUCGGCCACGGGUGCCAGCACCACCGAGGGCACCUCCACGGGCGUGCCGCCCUCGCAGACCGGUGUGGCGAGUUCGACCGAGCAGCCUUCGUCGACCACCGGAUUGGUCAAUUCACUCCUGUCCGGCCUCCUCUCCGGCUCGAGCACGUCCAGUGUCUCGGAGUCGUCUGCGAACCAGACGACCUCGAGCGAGGUGAUCCCAACGGUCUCGGCAGGCUCCUCAGCGACCGGGUCCUCCAGCCACCCGACGUCCAUCGAGGUCAUUCCGACCCAGUCGGCGGUUUCCUCUGUCGUUUCCCCCUCGGCUGCCACCUCCUCCGGCCUAUUGGAUAGCGGACUCUUGCCGGGUCUCCUGCCCACGAACACGGGCAAUUCAUCGGAGUCCACCAGUCAGCUCACGUCGAUUGAUGUGAUCCCGACGCCAUCCGGUCUGUUGUCCUCCAUUCUGUCACCCUCCGCCGCCAGCUCCUCCGGAUUGCUGGACACUGGGCUUCCAUCUGGCCUUCUUCCCACACCCACGGCCAACGGCUCGGAAACGUCGACCGCACAGACGGGCUCUCGCACGGCCAGUGGAAGCUCCACUGAUCUGACGAGCUCUUCGGGUAUCCUGCCGACAAUCUCCAUCAGUAUCCCGCCGGCCACGCCCACGCCCUCCGUUGGCACGUCCUCGGGAGUCAUCCCAGAACCCAGUAGCAUACCCACCAGCGGCGUCAUUCCAGGAGCUUCUGGAUCGAGCGGCUCCACCACAUCCAGCCCCGUCAUCCCAGGAGCGUCCACCGGAACGCAGACCUUCACCCAUGGACCGUCCGGCUCGCUCAUCAGCCCGGGUGUUCCUACGUCGACCAGUGGUGUCGUUCCUUCGACCGGUUCGACUGGCUCCAGUGGCUCGUCUCUACCCUCAUCUGUCUCGUCGACUCCUCUCAUCGGCUCCUCGAAGCCCACCGACCUGCCCACGAGCCAAAGCAACCCGAUUUCGACAAACACACCCACUCCGAUUUCCUCCACUACCCUGACUCCGACGAGCACGGAACAGCCCAGCACCACGGAGAAGUCGACGGUCACGACCAAGGUCGCUCCCACCCCGGAGCCUACCACGACGAGCGAUGCCACGGACUGGGUUCCGUCGACCAUUCUGGUGGAGCCUCCCAGCCCGACGACGCAAAACACCGCCACCCACACCACGGCGACGACGACGUCCACUCAGACCCAGCUCCCUGGGUCCAUCUCUCCCGGCAACGUUCCCGUCGAACCUCCAGCGGACUCUACCCUGAUUCAGUUGGGAUUCAACGGCAAGCUUCGCUACAGCUUUGUGGCCACGACGCCGCUGUCAUCCUCGCAGAUCUUCCUUUACAUUCCCAUUGCGCUUGAGUACGCGCUGCAGAUUCUCCGAAAGGAGGUGCCCAUGUUGGCGAUCCAGCCUUACGACAAUUCGAAGAGCACGGGCUAUAUCGCGACCGUGGCCAUGGCGUACAUCCCCACCGACCAGGCUCUGAUGUCGAUGGUUGAUCCUUCCAUUCCUCUGGUGGUGGGUGAGUCUGGAUCCUCCUCGGGCAGCAGUGGAUCUUCCGGCUCGAGUGGGUCCAACGGCAACAGCGGCGGCGACCACGGUAACAGCCAGUCGGACCCCAACUCGGAUGCGGGUGCCAGCAGCAGCGGCUCGACUCACGCCAGCUCGGUCGGCAUUGGCGUUGGUGUCGUGGCGGGAGCCGCCGCCUACGGCGCGGGCAUGUUCUGGGUGGCUCGUCGCUACCGCAAGAAGCGUCAAUUGCACCAGCGGUCGAGCUCGAACGUCGAGCAGAUGAGCGAGGGCCGGAACGGGGCAUCUCUGUUCGGAGCGGGUGGCCGUAUGUCGCGCAACAGCAACAACAGUCGCGGCACCGGACGGACACAGAUGAUCAGUGCCCCUGUGAUGGCCGAGAACUCGCUCGGAUGGAAUUAA